AUGAAUGUUUCGGAAGCAUCUACCAGAGAGAAUGACUGUCAGAUAACACACAAACUGAAGCAAGACUAUGGAGUGGGACAUGCAAUAUUGUUAAUUCUUGAAAAGAAGAAUCUUCUCAAGAAAGUAUUUUUUGGGAAAUCUUUAGAGAGCAGAGCUGUGCGAAACGGAGAAACAGCAACUCAAAGAUCUUUAAGUGCAGUGAGAAUUACCUCAGGGAUUUUUUUCUGUAAUAGGUUGAGACUCAAAGAAAAAUGUCCGCAAAAGGAAAAGUUGAAGGUUAUUCAACGACUGUUAGGUUAG